GAAGUUGACCCCCAAAGCUAUCAUCAUCAUUCAUCAUCCAGUGUCCACUGAAAUGAUGUAGGAAACCAAUGAACAAAAUUUGGAAUCAAAUUCCAUUAAAAUCAGUAAUUUAGUAUGCAGGUUCAUUGUACCUGCACUCACCCACCCAUGAGAUUUGCGCCUUCUUCUUCUUUUCCCAAAUUCAUUGGCUUUUCAAAGCAUUUCCACACUCUUAUUGCUCCUUCUUCCCCAAAGUUAUCGCCUUUCGUUCUUGCUGCCACCAUGUCCACCGACACUCUUCCCACUCAGAAUCACACCACCGCCACCACCACCCAACGUCCUUUGCAGGUUGCAAAGCGCUUAGAGAAGUUCAAAACAACAAUCUUCACCCAAAUGAGUAGUCUUGCAAUCAAACAUGGAGCCAUAAAUCUUGGUCAAGGAUUUCCCAACUUUGAUGGUCCAGAUUUUGUGAAGGAAGCAGCGAUUCAGGCAAUCAGGGAUGGCAAAAAUCAGUAUGCCCGUGGCUAUGGAAUUCCGGACCUGAACCUUGCCAUUGCUGAGAGAUUUAAGAAAGAUAGCGGACUUGUGGUGGACCCUGAAAAGGAAGUUACAGUUACAUGUGGGUGCACUGAAGCAAUUGCUGCAACUAUAUUAGGAUUGAUAAACCCUGGCGAUGAGGUUAUUGUGUUUGCUCCCUUUUAUGAUUCUUAUGAAGCUACUUUAUCCAUGGCUGGUGCAAAUAUAAAAUGCAUCACUUUGCGCCCUCCGGAAUUUGCUGUCCCAAUCGAAGAAUUGAAGUCAGCCAUGUCGAAGAAUACUCGUGCCAUUAUGAUAAAUACUCCUCACAAUCCUACCGGAAAGAUGUUCACCCGAGAGGAACUCGAUUCCAUUGCAUCUCUUUGCAUUGAGAAUGAUGUUCUUGUUUUUAGUGAUGAAGUCUAUGAUAAGUUGGCAUUCGAUAUGGAGCAUAUUUCACCCGCUUCAUUACCUGGCAUGUUUGAGAGGACAGUGACUAUGAACUCCUUGGGAAAGACAUUCUCCUUAACAGGAUGGAAGAUCGGGUGGGCCAUAGCACGCAGAAGCUCUUAGAGCACCAGAGUCUUACUAUGUGGAGCUAAAGAGAGAUUACAUGGAAAAGAGAGCUAUUUUGGUGGAAGGAUUGGAAUCUGUUGGCUUUAAGGUAUUUCCAUCAAGAGGAACCUAUUUUGUGGUUGUAGAUCACACGCCUUUCGGACUGGAAAACGAUGUAGCAUUUUGUGAGUAUCUAAUUAAGGAGGUUGGGGUGGUGGCGAUUCCUGUCAGCGCAUUUUGCUUGGAUCCAGAAGACGGAAAGAAUCUUGUCAGGUUUACUUUCUGCAAGGAUGAGGGAACACUGAAGGCUGCAGUUAAGAGGAUGAAGGAGAAGCUUAGAAAAUGAUCCUAUUGCAUGAUCAAGUAAUGUGAUGUGAAAUCAUUACAAAAGUGUUGAGUUGUAGUAACUUCUGUCUUCUGGUUUAUUGAAUUAUAUGCUUGGCUAUCUAGUCACAGGUCCUCAUAAGCUGGUAAUUCAUGUUGUUCAGAGUUCAUCUAACAUUUUUGGUUAGGGGUAGUUUAUUCUUUUUCAUGUUUUCAUGGAUCUUAUCCCCUGCCCCCAAGCCUUUUCCCCCCUUGUUUUGGAUGUAAUGUAGGGAAUAAAUAAUAAUAUGGAUGAUGAUAUUUUGAUAUUGGGGUA